AUGUCUAGCUCAAAAGCUUCUCCGACAACCAAAUGCCAGAAGUGUUUAGAACUUGGUCAUUGGAGAUUUCUCCUUCAGACAUAUGAAUGUAAGAAUAAUCGGGUUUAUAAAGCCCGACCAACUAGAACUCAACAACUUACAAAACCUUUGAAACCAAUAUCUGUUGAAUUACCCAAGGAUCUGGAUCCCAAGGAUUCAUCUUCGUCAUCAUCCGACGAAUCAUCAUCAAGUUCUUCGAGUGACAGUGAGAGUGAUUCUUCAGCUACUGCUUCAUCUAGUGUUAGUUCAAGUGGUUCAAGCUCGGAUAGUGAUAGCGGAUCAAGUUCUACAA